AUGACAGAGGAGGAGUGGAAGAUAGGGCUUCUUCGAGGGUUGGCUAACGCAAAUGAAAGAUUGGUGUUAUUUGAAGCAGACAUAUAUAAGCCACAGGAGUACGAGGAUGCCAUUGAAGGGUGUGAGUUUGUCUUUCAUGUGGCCACUCCCUAUGAGCAUCAUUUGGAUUCUGAGUUUAAGAACACGAGUGAAGCUGCAAUAGCGGGAGUAAAAAGCUUGGCUACAUAUUGUAUUAAAUCAGGAACAGUGAGACGACUGAUAUACACUGCCUCUGUGGUUGCUGCUUCUCCGCUUAAAGAAGACUUGAUUGAUGAAACUUGUUGGACGCCUCUAAACCAUUUACCAGGGACUCUUCAUCAGGAGUACACUGAUUCAAAGACACGGGCUGAGAAAGAGUUAUUGAGUUAUGGAGGGGAAUUAGAGGUGGUGAGUUUGGCUUGUGGCCUUGUGGGAGGGGAGACUCUUCUCAGUUACACACCUUUGAGUGUUGCAUUGCUUGUCUCACAAGUAAAAUACAAUGAAGUCACAUACCAAUCUUUGAGGUUAGAAGACUUGGUUGGAAAAAUCCCAAUUGUCCACAUUCAUGAUGUCAUUGAAGCCCACAUCUUUUGUGCAGAGAAUCCACCAAUUAAUGGCAGAUUCUUGGUUGCAAGCUCAUAUGCAUCAUCUCUAGAUAUUGCAAAUUAUUAUCUUCGGACCUAUCCAGAAUUCCAUUUGAAGAACAAGUAUUUGGAAGGGCUGAAAAGAAAUAUCAAAUGGGCGUCAACGAGGCUCACAGACAAAGGAUUUGUCUACAAAUAUGACCUCAAUAUGAUAUUAGAUGAUAGUAUCAUAUGCGCAAGAAAGAUGGGCGACCUCUAGUCUUUCAAUAAAUAUUAUUUUGGAUUAAAUAUGUUUUGAAUUCUUAUGUAAUGACUAUGUUUUGAUUUUAUUUUAUUUUAUCUUUUU